UUAUAUUUUUAGCCACGUACAUCGCGCAGCGACGAGGUUGAGCCCUUCUUCACCCAUUGACCCUUGUCUAGCCUUUGUAUUGUACCUCUAAGCUUUAGAUAUUCAUCGUAUUUGAUUCGCCACAAGACGGUAAUAGCUCUCGGCACCAAAUCACUCCAUAUCUGUCUAUACUAGUAGGCUUAGUUCUUGUUCAGUAUAAUUAGUUUUUUAAUUCAGGGUCAUAGAGAAAUGUUUACAAGUACAAGUGGUCCUAGACGCCAGAGACCAUUGAGGCCAAUAGCUCCUGCUGUAAAAACUUUAGUGCUUGAUAAUAGAGGGAAAUUGUUUCCAACAGCCAAUCUAGUUUACACGACUACCGGGAAUGAGCACUACAUUCAUUCCCGGCUUAAGAGUAUACUACCGUCUGGCCCUAAAGAGGCAGCUCAGGCUUACACCGGCAUCUCUACAGGCAACAGUAUCCGUAGAAUGGCAAGUGUUAAUGCUGAAGCUAGAACUAAACUUGUGUAUAGUUCAGAUUAUGGGAGUGGACAGAAGUCUUCUACUACUUCCUUGAAUGGACAUGAUGCAGGAGACAGGGUUUUCCCAACAAGCUCUAGUGAUGAUAGUAUCAAUGGCCAGGUGCACAAUGGUACGAGUCAUGAAGGAGUGUUACCUGCAUCAACAAGCCCUUCAAAAUUGUCAUAUCAAAGCGCGCCAACUACGUCACCAACACAUAUUCAGAUGAAAGAUUCUUAUGUUCAGGUUGUUGAUGUAAGAAAGGCCCAGCAAAGAAAAAUUGGAGAAGCAUCAUCCUUAAGUCCACCCAAUGGUACUGCAUCUCAUCAGUUAACCUCAUCUCCCCUUAUCAACAAGCCUCCUGUUCGUAGAGUUAAUAAGCCAAAAUCUAACACUUAUAUUCAGAGAAUAGCUGCUGUGAAUGCACGAGCAUGUGUCCAUGCCAUCAUGGGAUAUGAGUAUUUGACCAAGAAAAGAGAAACUGAGCUGAGGAAUGUUCUCUGUAUUGGUGAAUCAUCAGAAUCAGAUAGCAUUUUGGGAAAGAGGUCACCUAGUGAGCAGCCAGGCAACUCCAAUCAGAAUAACAGCAAGAAAAAAAAUUUGAGGUCAACUAACAACACAAAGCAGACUGCAACUUCAUCAGUCAUGCAACCUGGCCCUGCAGUGGGAAGCACUGGUUCUUCCCAUGAGUCUUCCUUGCAGAGUGCCAGUCAAGACUCUGAUGUGGAAUCAGUAUCAAGUUCAAAUGAUGAUCAUGAAGAGUUGCCAUCAUCAGGGAGAUAUUAUAGUUUUGAAUCAAGUCAAGAUCCACCUUAUAACUGUUUAGGGUUAUUGUAUAACAGUGACACUAUUCAUUCUAGAUCAUUUACUUAUUUCACUACUGAAGGCCACCUUCCUCCUUUAUUCAUUCCACCAAUUGUUCCAAAAAGGUGCUACGAAGCUCAUAAUUUAAGGUCCAGAAUACUGGAAAAGCCGAUUAGCAAAAAAAGACCAAGAAAGGGUGACAAUGGAUGGACUGUAAUUGGUGAUCCUGUUAAGAGCAUUGAAAUUAGGCACAAAGGUGGAGGAAAACAUGAAAGGAAAUAUUUUAUUGGAAUUCAAAGGAAAGAUGAGAGAGUUUUUGUGAGAGACAGCAUUACUGUACGAUCAGGACACAAGAAGUCUGAUGUUCCUUAUGUGGCUAAAGUUGGGAGUAUCUGGCAAGAAUCGGAUGGUAUUAAUCUCACUGUAUUUUGGUACUAUCGCCCAGAUGAUGUAGAACAGCAUAUUGCAGUACUUUUUUAUCCUACUGAACUAAUGGCCUCUCAGCAUCAUGAUGAUAUUGGUGUUGCCUGCAUUGAUGGCAAAAGCAAGGUGUUAGGGUUCACUGAAUAUUGCAGGUAUCGUGCAAAUGAAGAAAGGAUCAACAGUGGCCGUCCUCAACGUUCAAUUGUACCAUCAUUUAAUUCAGAGAGUGAUACUGAUGGGAUGUAUCAUGCAUCUAAGAAACAUCAUCUUGAAGUGGAGGAUGCUGAAGAAGAUGAUGAUGAUGAUAGUAAUGUCUACUUUUGUUAUCGUGCUUUUAACCACAUCACUGGCAAAGUUUUAAAAUCCUUUACCUAAUUAAUUUGUAUAUUUUUUUGUAUUUAACUAUUUCAAUUGUAUUGAUAUUAAUAAUGUUAA